AGGAGGAGACGCGCGUACCUGCGUUCCCCAUGCAGUCCAACGUGGAACGUUUUAGGCGGCGUGGUCUGAUCCUUUACGGGAAGACGUGGACGUUUGUGCUCUAAGCUUCGGCCUAGCGGUCCUUUUGUGGCUGCAAAGUUGGUGGGUUUUUUUUUUUUUGCACUGGUACAAGAGCUCGUGGUGGGCCGCGUGGCGCCCUGACCCGGCUUCACUAUGUUGGUGCUAUUUGAAACGUCGGUUGGCUACGCCAUCUUUAAGGUUCUAAAUGAGAAGAAACUUCAAGAGGUUGAUAGUUUGUGGAAAGAAUUUGAAACUCCAGAGAAAGCAAAUAAAAUAGUAAAGCUAAAGCAUUUUGAGAAAUUUCAGGAUACAGCAGAAGCAUUAGCAGCAUUCACAGCUCUGAUGGAGGGCAAAAUCAAUAAGCAGUUGAAGAAAGUUCUGAAGAAAAUAGUUAAAGAAGCGCAUGAACCUCUGGCUGUGGCUGAUGCUAAACUAGGAGGAGUCAUAAAGGAAAAACUGAAUCUCAGUUGUAUCCAUAGUCCUGUUGUUAAUGAACUUAUGAGGGGAAUCCGAUCACAAAUGGAUGGAUUAAUCCCUGGGGUAGAACCACGUGAAAUGUCAGCCAUGUGUCUUGGAUUGGCCCACAGCUUGUCUCGAUACAGAUUAAAGUUUAGUGCUGAUAAGGUGGAUACAAUGAUUGUUCAGGCAAUUUCCUUGUUAGAUGACUUGGAUAAAGAACUAAACAACUACAUUAUGCGAUGUAGAGAGUGGUAUGGCUGGCAUUUCCCUGAAUUAGGAAAAAUUAUUUCAGAUAAUUUGACAUACUGCAAGUGUUUACAGAAAGUUGGUGAUAGGAAGAACUAUGCCUCUGCCACACUGUCUGAACUGCUGCCAGAAGAAGUUGAAGCUGAAGUGAAGGCAGCUGCAGAGAUAUCUAUGGGAACAGAGGUUUCUGAAGAAGAUAUUUGCAAUAUCCUGCAUCUUUGUACCCAGGUGAUUGAAAUCUCGGAAUAUAGAACUCAGCUGUAUGAAUAUCUACAAAAUCGAAUGAUGGCCAUUGCACCCAAUGUUACAGUCAUGGUUGGGGAAUUAGUUGGAGCACGGCUUAUUGCUCAUGCAGGUUCUCUUUUGAAUUUGGCCAAGCAUGCAGCUUCUACAGUUCAGAUUCUUGGAGCAGAAAAAGCACUUUUCAGAGCCCUCAAGUCUAGACGGGAUACCCCUAAGUAUGGUCUUAUUUAUCAUGCUUCACUUGUGGGCCAGACAAGUCCCAAACACAAAGGGAAGAUUUCUCGAAUGCUAGCAGCCAAAACUGUUUUGGCUAUACGUUAUGAUGCCUUUGGUGAGGAUUCCAGUUCUGCAAUGGGAGUUGAGAAUAGAGCCAAAUUAGAGGCCCGAUUAAGAACCUUGGAGGACAGAGGGAUAAGAAAAAUAAGUGGAACAGGAAAAGCAUUAGCAAAAACAGAAAAAUAUGAACACAAAAGUGAAGUGAAGACUUAUGAUCCCUCUGGUGAUUCCACACUUCCAACCUAUUCUAAAAAACGCAAAAUAGAACAGGUAGACAAAGAGGAGGAAGUAACUGAAAAGAAAGCAAAAAAAGCCAAGAUUAAAGUAAAAGUUGAAGAAGAGGAGGAGGAAGAAGAAGUACUAGUAGAAGAAGAGACAUCUACGAAGAAGAAGAAGAAAAAGGAUAAAAAGAAACACAUUAAAGAAGAACCACUUUCUGAGGAAGAGCCAUGCACCAGCACAGCAAUUCCAAGUCCAGAGAAAAAGAAGAAGAAGAAGAAAAAGAAAGACAGUGAGGACUAAUGGAAAGGAAACAUAAUUUUGGCACCUGGAAACAUCAUGCUUAAGAUUCAGUUGGGAGUAUGCCAGAGAUGCUCUCUAAAAUGGUGAAGAGAAGGUUGAAUGAAACAGUGAUUAAUCAUCUAUAGCUUUUCAAACUGUCUGUGUCAACUCUUGUUAACCUUAUUAUGUCAGCAUUUGUUAGUCUUUGAUAUACAAAUAAAAUAUUUUCUUUGUAUUUUAAGGCAGGUCUGUGAUCUCAUUAUAUUUUACAUAGUCAAUCUUUGGUCUCUUCUAUAUUUUAUUUGACAUCUGAUUAUUGUUUUGAUCAUUAUAGUUGAAAAGUUGUUAAUGGAAUGCUUAAUUUGAAACAGUCUUUUGGAAGGCUAAAAUUAUGAUUAGAUGGACCAAUUUAAGUACCUCAUUAAUGUGUUUCUCUUGCCUUUUUGAACUAUUUUUCAUAUCUGCCUCUGUGUAUUUAUUUAUAUAAAGACUUGUUUCUUGUUCAGAUCUUAAACUAGGUGAGCAAAACAUUUCAGGAUAUCUUCUAGAAAAGGAAGAAACCGUGUUUGUAAUUUAUUCAUUAAAAUACCCUGGGUUCAAUUCCCAGGAGUAGAAAGAAAAAAACAUCAUUUGGACUAAAGGAAAACAACUGGAGAAAAUAAAAUAUCAGUAGAAAUGAGGCAUAAACCUACAACAAAGAAUACUAGAGAAAGAUCUUUACUAUUUAAAAAUAGUAUUUAUUAUGUCAGCAGAAACCUGUUUUCUGUAUAGUCAUGACAGUCAUAAGUUUAUCAGACUAUUGUAUCUUGCCUCUUUAUUUGCUGUGGACAUCAUGCUGAAGUGCAAUUCAGUAAAAGCAUUUGGCAGACGGAAGAGGCUAGAAGCGAGAGACUAGCUUUGAGUUCCAUCUCUGCUUUUCUUGUAACCUCAAGCAAGUCAGUAACACUCCUUUAGUUUCCUAGUUUGCUGUUAGCUUUAAUAGUGUGGUUAUUUUGCUUUGAGGGGAAAAAAAAUGUCAUUUUCCAGUACCCAGUAGUAAGCAUCCCAGACACAUUCUUGAUUUGAAAUAAUGUUAUUUUGUUUUUAACUCUUUCGUUCUUUCUAUCUAUCUAGCUAUCUAUCUUUUUCUUUUGAUACCAGAGAUUGAUCCCAGGGGCACUAAACCACUGAGUCACAAUCCCAGCCCUUUUUAUAUUUUAUUUAGAGACAGGGUCUCACUAAGUUGCUGAGGCUGGCUUUGAACUCUAAAUCCUCCUGCCUCGGCCUCCCAAGCCACACCACACCCAGUUGUUUUAACACCUUUGAUGACCUGUUAACUAAAACUUCAGUAGUUUUGAAUAAUCCUAGUUUUGAAAGCCUUAAGGUCUUUCUCAUAGACUCAAUUGAUCCUUAAACCUCAGCCUCCUAGGUAGGUGAGAAUAUAGGCUCAUGCCACUGCACUCAGCUAUACCUAGUUCUGAUCAGUAAAUUUGAAUUCUUUUCUAUGAGCCACAUAAAAUAAUUAAUCCUUGUUUAAAACAUUUAUUCUAUGGCUAGGGAUGUGGCUCAGUGGUAGAGCACUUGGCUGGCAUGCACAAAGCUCUGGGUUAAAUAACCAGCAUUAUUGAAAAUAAAACUUUGUUUCUCCAUUUGCCCUCUUAAGAAAUAUAAAUUUCUAUUUUCUGGAUUAAAUUUCUGUAAUCUGCUCAAUUUUUUGGUUUCUCAAUCAGUUUACAGGGCCUUGGCUAAGCUGUCCCUCUAACCUCAGAAGUUAUUACAGUUCUCUGUCUCAGUAAUCUUUCAGAAACGUUUCUUUUGUUGCCCAUUUUCUCUUCAACCCUUUGUUGCUUCUCCAUGCCACUUUUAAAUAUGUGACUUAGGCUCAUUCUUCAUCCCAACUGUACCACUUAAAAUGACAUGGUAGGCCCAAGUGUCUCAAACUUUUGUGCAUGGGAGUCAUCUAGGGACCUUUAUAAAGUACAGAGCUCAAUCAGAGGUUGGGGACCCAUGACAGAAUUUUUAACAAGCUCUCAGGUAGUAUAGGGUGAGGGUACACAUAGUAGGAAAGUACUAGGGCAAAUAAUUUAAACUCACAGAACCUGCUUUUCCUUGUCUGCAAUGGUAUUUUGAGAAUUCAGGUAUUUGUGAAGAGUUUUUACAAAAUUUCUUCUGCAUCCCUUGACAGCUUCACUCUCUAAUGGUAGAAUUCUGCUUACCUAUCACUAAUUGUUCCUUGCAUAUGAUAGGCCUUUAAUGCUCAGUGGUGAGUGUAUGACUUGUGGAGAAAUUACUAGGUUUAUGUGUUAUUCUGAUUAAAGAAUUAGAGUUAUUCUAGUUUUUCCACAAAUGCCUUAAGAACACCAUUAAUUUUUUUAAAAAAUAAAGAAUUUAAUCUUUAUUUUUUAUGUGGUACUGAGGAUCAAAUCCAUGCCUCACCUGUGCUAGGCAAGUAUACUACCACUGAGCUACAACCCCAGCUCCCAUUAACUUGAAGGCCUUAAGUGUUCUGUUCGUUUUGUUCAACCCCAGGUUUUUUAUCUGCUUUGUCCUCUGGCAAGUAACUGUAAACUCAUCGCCAAAAGUCAAAAAUUGUUAACCAUUUUUUAAAUACAACAACUGUAUGGGUGCUCCCCCACCCCAGUACUGGGUAUUGAACCCAGGGCUUCAUGUGCAUGGUGAACAAGUGCUUGUAGAUGAUUAUUUUCAGUAGGUUUGGUUUGGUUUGGUACUGGGGAUUAAACCUAGGGGUGCUUAACCACUCGACCACAUCCCCAGCCCUUUUUAUUUUGAAACGCGGUCCUCAAAUUUAUAAUCCUCUUGCUUCCAUCUCCCAAAUUACUGGUUGUAGGUGUGUCACCAUUCCCAGCUUCAGGUUUUGUUCAAAAACAUUUAUUAAAGCAAAUGCCAAUGAGAUUUUCCUGGAGAUCUGGAGUAGUUAAUAAUUGUGAUGCUUGGGUGGGUUUUAAGGAGAAGUUUUUUAGUAAUUUUUUAGAAUUACAAUGAAUGAUUGGUAGGGAUUAGAAACACCUGGAGGACAUGGGGUUAGGGGAGGGGGUCUGAACCCAGGACCUCACACUUGCUAAUCGUGUGCCUUAUCACUGAGCUAUAACCCCAGACCUUUUUUUGUUUUGAGACAGGGUCUCAAAGUUGCCAAGGAUAGUUUCAAACUUGAAUCCUCAUACUUCAGCCUCCCAAGUAGCUGGGAUUACAGGUGUGCACCACCACAACUGGCCAGAAUUUUCAUUUUUGGCAAGUUCCCAGCUCACAGUAGUUAAGGGAUAAUACUUCUACUAGGAAGAUUUCCAUCGUCCACCCCUAACCCUAGCUUUGCAGCUCUCCAAACUAGAACCUAAUUUUAUGGCCCAAGAUAACCAUCAGGCCACAAGCACAUUGGGACUGGACACAAUCUGACCAAUGUUCUUUCUACAUAGAUAAAGCAAAUUUGAAAUUAUUGUUUCCCAUUAGAAUUUGUUUUUUGAAUUAAAGUGCUGUUUCUGCUACUGUUCUGUGCAUAUUUAGUAUAAAAGGGGAAAAGCAGUUGUGUUUAAGUUUGUGGAAGCAUUUGAAACAGCACACAACAUACAGCAAAAAGCACACAUGCAAUGCAGAAGUAUCUGAGAGAAACCAGUGAGAUGAUAAACUUACGACUAAUCCCAUAAAUUUAAGUGGCCAAGCAUGACCUUGACUUAUUUUGGUUGACUAUAAACAAGGAUGUGCUGGUACUUAUACCAGCCUCAUCAUUUUUUCAUAUUUGUUAUGGUUUACAUAUUAGGUGUUCCCAAAAACACAUGGGAGACAUGCAAGAAGGAUUACAGGUGAGACAAUUGGGUUAUGAGAGUCUUAACCCAAUGAGUGAAUUAAUCCCCUGAUAGGGAUUAACUGAGUGGUGACUGUAAGUGGUAGGGUG